CACAAUGUCUCUGCUGUGUCUUUAAAAACAAUAAUAAUUUUUAUAGCAUUUUUUUGUAGGUGUACUACAGGGUUAACCCAUCAGCAAAUGAAGAACUUUCAAACUCUGAAGUUCAGAUUGGGGAGGACUUUGUGGUUGUAACAGACACAGAGGAAGAACCGGUUAUGUUGGGCUCUCCUGAUUACACCAAUUCAGACUCUGAAGAAGCAGAUUUGGCCGACAUUCUGAGAUCAUUCCAGAAAGACCACCUGGACACUGAAAAUUGUGCCAUUGUUGUUGCAAGACGGUCAAAAAUUCUUCACAGUGCCUGUCAAGCUCUGUCAAAGAGCUACUUUGCUUGGCACAGAACUCCACGAAUUGAGUUUGUUGGAGAGUCUGCUGAAGAUCAUGGUGGGCCACAAAGAGAGUUCUUUAGGCUCUUAAUGAUCGAGGCACAGUCAGCACUUGGAAUUUUUGAAGGAAAGCAAGGCCAGGUUUUUUUUGCCUACAACCAGUCAGCCUUAGAACAGAACCGGUUUUACACGUGUGGAAAACUCAUUGCUUGGUCACUGAUUCAUGGAGGCCCAGGCAUUAAAGCCCUUCAUCCAACUUUGUAUUUGUUGAUGUGUGGACAGGAAGGGCAGUUGGAUAGGUUUGAUUUUCAGGACUUGCCUGAUGAUGAAGUGCAGUUAAAGUUGCAACAGAUCAAGCAGUGCAAAAGUGUGGGAGACCUAAUUUCACUGAAGGCCUCUCUUGGAGACUGGAUUGCAGAAUGUGGGGUACCCUGGAUCUACAAUGCUGGCCUUCCUGAAAUGCCCAGAGUUUACAGCCUGGUCAUUAAACACUUCAUUUAUCUUAGGCCUGCUAGCAUGAUUUUACAGUUUAAGGCAGGAAUUAAUUCAUGUGGAUCCCUUUGGCAGACAGUGGAAAACAACUGGAUGGCAUUCAAGCCUCUGUUCACUAACACUCAGAAGCCACUGACGAGAAAUGAGUUCAAAGACCUUCUUGUUGUGAACUGGAGUGAUGAAGGCAGCAACCACAGACAGAUUGAAGAGGACACCAUCUUUGCUUGGGAAUGUUUACUCAACAGCAUUCAGGAAAAAGAGACCUCUCUGAUGUUUGAGGAUCUUCUGACAUUCAUGACCGGUGCUGAUGCUGUCCCUCCUCUUGGCUUUCCCAAAAAAGCUGAAAUUGACUUCUACACUCAAGAAGACGGAUGCCGGAGACUGCCUUAUGCAUCAACAUGCUCAAUGGUGCUUUUCCUUCCAAGAGGGGUACUUGAUGAAUCAGAGUUACAAAACCUGCUGAUAGAUGCAGUAAAAGGCUCAGUUGGGUUUGGAAAAAUUUAGAUCUGUUAUAAUAUUCUUUAUUAUUUUGCUCUGGAUCAUGUUCUUCAUCAUGCUGCCCUGAUUUUCCAAAUGUUCAAUAUAUUAGAGAGUAAUAGUUUACCGUAAAAUGAAAAUGAUCCCAUAAUUUAUUCAUACUAGUUGUAUAGGACUUUCUUCUUUCAGCCGAACACAA